GAGAUACUGCUGACCGGUUGGCGUCUGAAGAGAGUCCUCUCAGAGAUGAUUAGGAGAAAAGAGACAGAUGGCUGCCGCGCGCCGCUGCCUCUCCCUGCUGCUCCUGUCCACAUGUGUGGCUGUGCUGCUGCAGCCACCACUGGGGGCCUGUGGGGCCCCGCUGGAGCCAGUGUAUCCAGGGGACAACGCCACACCGGAGCAGAUGGCCCAGUAUGCGGCUGAGCUCCGCAGAUACAUCAACAUGCUGACCAGGCCCAGAUACGGGAAAAGAGACAAAGAAGACACACUGAGCUACUUGGAGUGGGGCUCCCCCAACAGAGCGGCCCCCAGGGAGCUCGGCCAGAUGGACGCGUGA